AUGGCUGAAUUUUUCAAGGCCCGGCGGUCAAUAGACCUCAUCAGAGGAGUGGACAACGUGCCCAUCGGCUCGGACUACAAGGGCCUCUACAAAUUACUUCUGCCAAACGACUCUCGAACGCACGGCUAUCUCACCCCAGAUACUGUCGGAAAGUUGCCAUGGACAGCAGACUUCUCCAUCGACCACAAUGACAGGAUAGUCCGGGUGGCAGUGGCCGAGAGUACAGCCGACCGCAUCAACGCUGCCCUCCAGGGCGUGGUUGACGGUGCUAUCGCAUUAGGCACGUCGGUAUUCCCCAACCUGACAUCUCACAGCGAGAUGGUUCGCAUCAUCGGUGCGAGGGAGUACCUUUCGAAGACGCCUCAGCAGACUGACUUCAUAUGCCUGGAACGGUUCGCCGCGUCGCUGUUUGGGAUUUGCAGCCGCGGGGCACACUUGACGGCAUACGUGCGAAAUACAAGUCUACCCAUCUCAAGCGGCUUGAGAGUGUGGGUAGCCCGUCGCGAUGCCAAUCUCCACACCUACCCGGGCAUGUUGGACACCACAGUCGCUGGUGGCGUCAAGGCGGAAGACACACCGCUGCAGUGCAUCGUGGCCGAGUCAGACGAAGAGGCCGCGCUGCCGUUGUCCUAUGUCGAGCAAAAUAUUGUCCCAACUGGAGUAGUGACGUAUGUCAGCCAGAGUAGAAAGACGGGCCAGGUCCGGCCGAACAUACUGCACGUGUACGACCUGGAGCUCGAGGAAGGCAUGAAGCCUGUGCCGAAGGACGGCGAGGUGGAGGAAUUCUACUUAAUGACGGUGGAGGAGGUGACUAAGGCGAUGCUGGACGGGGAGUUCAAGCCGAACUGCUGCCUGGUGAUGUUGGAUUUCUUUGUCCGGCACGGGAUCAUCACGGAUGAGAACGAGGAGGAUUACUUGGAGAUUGUGACCGGGCUGAGGAGGAAGCUUCCUGUGCCGGUGACACCGCAGGAGUUGUAG